GACUUGUUCACAGUAGAGGCGAAAUUCAAGGAGUCUGUGUUUGAGAACUACUACGUCAUCUACUCAUCGACGCUGUACCGGCAGCAUGAGUCUGGCAGGGCCUGGUACCUGGGCCUCAACAAGGACGGCGUGGUCAUGAAGGGCAACCGGGUGAAGAAGACCAAGCCCUCCUCACACUUUGUGCCCAGACCCAUCGAAGGUGAGACCACCACACUCAGGGCUGGAUUCAAAUGCAACACCUGCCAUAAGUCUAGUCAAGGUUUAUUUAAAGUGCAUUUCAUAGGGGGCAUAACACACUUUACAAGCCAUAGAUAUUUUAAUGAAGCAUCUUUGUUUAUAAAUUACCCAGCAGGCCAAAAUUGUUAUGGGACAUAACAACAUCAUAUUCUGGUUGGGGUUAUGACAGAUUGCCAGAUUACAAGAAUUCAGGUUUGUUUGAGAAGACCUCAAUGUGUGUUUGAUAGAUUUGAGUCUUCAGACACAGGUACCCAGAUAAUCCAUUAAAGUUUGAGAAACUAAAUGACUACUGGGAGGCAGGGUUAGGGUCAAUUUAAUUCACACAAUUCAGGAAGUGUUCUGAAUUGAAAAUUCAAAACUGUUUAAGCUUUUGAAAUAAAUAGCUUCUCCUUUUCAGUUUAUUGAGAAAUCAUAGAAAAUGGAUGCCAUAUUUUCAAUUAUCGAAUUGGAAUUUCAGUUUAUUUCUUUAGUUGACUGACUUCAAUUCAAAUUGACCCCAACCCUGCUGGAGGGCAAAUGUAGGUUCUAAUGUUGUGUUUAAACUAAUUUAACUAAAGUAACUCUAAACUAAUGAGAAGAAAGAAAAGAAGCAGAGCAGAGAGAGAGAGACGCGAGAGUAGAGCGAGAGGAGAGAGAGAGAGAGAGAGAGAGAGAGAGGAGAGAGAGAGAGGGGAUAGUGGUGGAUUGUAUACCUAUCCCUACAUUGCUCUCUCACUCCACUCUCUCUCACUCCCCUCCUCUCUCUCUCUCUCUCUCUCUCUCUCUCUCUCUCUCUCUCUCUCUCUCUCUCUCUCUCUCUCUCUCUCUCUCUCUCUCUCUCUCUCUCGUUGUAUUGUCUCUCUCCCCUCCUUUAUCUCCCCUCCUUGCUCUCUCUCACUCACUCUCUCUCACUCCCCUCUCGCUCUCUCUCUCUCGUUGUAUUGUCUCUCUCUCUCUCUCUCUCGUUGUAUUGUCUCUCUCCCCUCCUUUCUCUCCCCUCCUGCUCUCACCUAUAUCUCUUUACUAUACUGUAUAAAUAUCCCUUCGCUCGCUCUCUCACUCCUCUUGCUCUCUAUCUCCCUCUCCAUCUCUCUCUUUUUCUCUCACUUGCCCCGCUUCCCCCGCCCUUUCUGCAGUUUGCAUGUACAAAGAGCCAUCGCUGCAUGACAUCGAGGAAAAGGGCCGCUCACGGAAAAACUCAGGGACUGAGGCUCCCGCUCUCCUGAACGGAGGAGAAAAAGUGGCGGGCCAGGACUCCACAGAGCAAGACGGCGGCUCAUAG